CCGAGAUGACAAGUGCUAGUUCAGCAGAAGGUGCACGCUGGACGUCCCCUCACAAGCUCAAGUUGAUCACGAUCCUGAGCAUCGACGGCGGUGGCAUCAGAGGAAUCAUCCCGGCCACCAUCCUCGCCUUCCUUGAAGCAAAGCUCCAAGAACUGGAUGGGCCAGAUGCUCGGAUUGCAGACUACUUCGAUGUCAUUGCUGGAACUAGCACCGGUGGCCUCUUGACUGCGAUGCUUACAGCCCCAGACGCUAAUGGACGACCUCUGUUCGCCGCCAAGGACCUGGCGCGGUUCUACAUUAACCACUCCCCCAAAAUCUUCCGACGGAAGAACCCAAUCCGGUCCAAGAUCGCCAGCAAGCUGAAGAUGGUGUGCGGGCCCAAGUACGAUGGCAAGUACCUCCAUGCGCUGCUCCGUCGGUAUUUCGGCGACACGAGGCUGGACAGGACGCUGACCAACGUUGUCAUCCCGACCUUCGACAUUGCAUACAUGCAACCAACGAUUUUCUCCACCCUCGAGUUGAGGCACCAGGCUUCGAAAAAUGCGCUCCUGUCGGACAUAUCAAUGAGUACCUCGGCGGCACCAACCUUCUUCCCACCACACUACUUCGAGACGAAGGACAAGGAUGGCAGGAGGAGGGCCUUCAACCUCGUUGAUGGUGGCCUCGCCGCCAACAAUCCCACUCUGUGCGCGAUGAACCAGGUGUCCCAGGACAUCAUCCUGGGGAACGAGCGCUUCUUCCCGGUGAAGCCGGCAGACUACGGCAAGUUCAUGGUGAUCUCCCUCGGCUGCGGGUCGAACCGGAACCGCAGGUACUGCGCCAAGGCCGCCGCCAAGUGGGGCAUCUUCAACUGGCUCAUCAAGGACGGCACUGCCCCCAUCGUCGACAUGUUCAACUCCGCCAGCGCCGACAUGGUCGACAUCAACCUCUGCGUCCUCUUCCGCGCCCUGCGCUCCAGCCAAAACUACCUGCGGAUUCAGUACGAUCAACUGACCGGCAGCGCGGGCUCUAUAGACGACUGCUCCAAGGAGAACAUGGAUAGACUGGUGAGGAUUGGGAAGAGGCUCCUGAACAUGAACGUCUCCCGGGUGGACCUGGAGACCGGCCGGAUCGAGGAGGUGCCUGGCGUGGGCACCAAUGCCGAGCAGCUCACCAAGUUUGCAAAGCAGCUCUCCGACGAGCGGCGCCGGCGGCAGAACGAGCUUAUUUAUUCCGAAGCAGGAUUUCAAAACCAAGCUUGGUGACAGUUGAAAUGGAUCCCGAUCGAAUAGAUCUUCAGACGUUAUCUAGCUGUUCGUGUUUCGUGCAUUGCUUUGGCAUAAGUGUUCCAUUUAUCUUGUCACAUGUUUUUAUCACAUACUACUUUGAUAUUAUCAACAAG